CAUAGUUCAAUUGUAAUGUACGGUACUCUGUGCAGUGUUUUUCGACUUGUAUUUUUUAGUCAUUCAUGCAGAAUGUAAUUUUUAUGUACUAAAUACGAAAAACUACAAAUGGUGCUAAAAUUUUGGUAAAAUGUCAGCAGAAAAUUGCUUGGUUAAGGCAAUAUACUCUUUUAAAGGUAAAAACAAUGAUGAAUUAUGUUUCAAAAAAGGCGAUAUUAUUACUGUCACGCAAAAGGAAGAAGGAGGAUGGUGGGAAGGCACUCUGGGUGAAACUACAGGCUGGUUCCCAAGCAACUAUGUUACUGAAUAUAAAGAUACAUCAGGUUCAGUGACAACAUCACCUAUACGAGCUGUGUCUGAGAUACAGGCAUUCCGAAAUGUGGUGCUGAAAGACAUAAUAGAUUCUGAAAAGGCCCAUGUUGCAGAAAUGCAGGGUCUUGUCACCAACUUCUUACAUCCUCUGGAAAAAAGUGAAAUGCUAACUAAAGAUGAAUUCAAGCAAUUGACCGGCAAUAUAAAUGAGGUCUUGCAGAUUCAUGAACAGUUCUUAGGGCUGUUAGAAGAAAGUGCAACCAAAACAGGUCCAGAUCAGAGAGUAGGAGGAUUGUUUUUACAGUGGGCACCAAAAAUUAAAACAGUACACCAAACUUACUGUGGUGGACAUCCAAAGGCAGUGUGUAUCCUUGAUAAGUAUAAGGAGGACUUAAACACGUGGAUGGAAAAUGCAGGUGCAGUGUGUCCAGGGGUCCUUGUUUUAACAGCUGGUCUUUCAAAGCCCUUUAGACGUCUCGGCAAAUAUCCAGCUAUGCUACAAGAAUUGGCAAGACAUGUCCACGAAGCCCACCCUGACCGGGGCGAUACUCAUCGUGCAUCUGUUGUCUACAAAGAUAUUGCGAGUGCUUGUGCGGCAUUACGACGUCAAAAGGAGUUAGAAUUACAAGUUAUAACCGGAGAAGUUCGUGGCUGGCCCGGGGGUGAACUAGCCUCGUUGGGUGACGUGUUACAUAUGGGCAGCGUGGCAGUGGGCCCGUCGCAUCAGGACCGCUACCUUGUACUCUUCCCAUCAGCGCUGUUAUUACUUUCAGUUAGCAAAAGAGUAUCUGCAUUUGUGUAUGAGGGAUGUCUUCCACUGACAGGCAUCACAGUGUGUAAAUUAGAUGAUACUGAAACAAGAAAAAAUGCAUUUGAAAUUAGUGGUCCCAUGAUAGACACUAUAGUGGCAGUGUGCCAAACAAAAGCUGAGGCUGACAAUUGGGUCAGUUUGUUACAAAAGCAUUCUAACACGAACAGUCCAACACACGAGCCUGGACAACCGCAGUCAUUACCUCAUAUGGCCACGAGCGAGAAUAAUAACUCUGAUUUAUCUGGUGGUUUAACGAGCCACAAACGAUCACACUCAUUCAACAAUCAUCAAAGCUACACACAACACGCUCAGCAAACGCAGAAAAACAAACAAAAAAAUCAAUCAGCGCGUUGGCUGCUCAACUCUUUCGACUCCCUCGACCAGUCACCCGCCAAAUCUGAUAACGGUUCCAUCGCAAAGAAAUUCUCCUCUGUUGACUUCAUCGACACCACGGAUUCGACUUACACUAAUAAAGGUUGGAGCAUAACUUGUUUACGGCCUGCACCACCGCUCCGGCCCCAAUCCUUCUCGGUGGGAUCGGACGAGAACAUCGGGCCGACCCACCCCUACGCGCCGCAUCAACGGAAAUCCAAUUCUUACGAAGAAGACGCCCUCAUCCUCAAAGUCAUCGAAGCUUAUUGUACUUCGGCUCGGUGCAGAAAUGCCGUAAGCUCCGUGGAUUGCGGCCACUUAUCUCUCGGUAAAGUACAGUAUCACGCACCCGCUACUAACAUAGACCAGUUUAACUACACUAAAAUGUCGCCCGUACAACGAAGCAAAACGCCUGACCGUCCGGAAUGUACGAAACCCACCAAAGUGAAACGAAACAAAAGCUCUUCCGCUGCGGACGCGUACUUGUACCGAGGACCGGAAGCUAGAAGACUGUUGUUGUGCGACCGAAAGUAUGACAUGAACCGGUCUAAUCCCAACCUGCGUCAGCAUUGGGACGAGCGGCCCAGUGUCCCGGCGUGCGGCUCCCAGCCCAGCCUCGCCGCCCCGCGCUCCUCCACCUGGUGCUGCGGCACUUUCGUCAAACAUCUCACUAAAUCUCACCAUUUCGAUUGACACAAGUAGAGCAUCCGUUGGGUGAUGCUCGACCUCAGAAAACUCACAGUGCACGCGACUCAGUUUUAUCCGACUGCACCUGUCAUAUAAAUGUCAUUUACUGUCUGGUCGAUUGGGAUUUAUCGUCGCUUCUUUUGCUAAUUGUUUUCUGGUUUAUAUUAACGCCUGGAUAGUGGUGUUUCAAUUCACUUGCGAUUUAUAUUUUACUAAUCUCUCCUCAUUCCUGAUCGAGGCUAACCUACCUUAAUUUUCAUGUUUUCUUUUUCCUACUUAGUUUUAUAUAGUAAACGUAUUGUGUGAAAGUAGUUUAUACUUUGAAACUAAUUUAACAUAGUGAAAUGUGAGUGCUUUCCAAUUCAAGCUUACUACGUAAAAUACAGGAUGCAUUGGAACAGCUUCGGAAAACAAUAAUAGGCUGGUGAUUAUUGACACGAUAACACUAAAAAAAUUGUUAACGAUAAGUUUGCGAAUUUUUUGGUAAUUUGAAAUUUUGGCAUUGUAACAUAAUUCAAACUCAAUCGAAGCAUUGACCUCAAGACCUUGAACGAGACAAGGAGGCGUAUGCCAAGUGGCGCCCGUUGCUUGAUGGGUAAGGUCUGAUCAAAUCUGGUUAUCUUGGCCGAUACAACCGGAUACUGGACAUCAAGAAAAAACUUCAAUAAAUACAAAUAUGCCCAUCAUCAUCAUUUGUCUGUCUCUCUACUGGUCAAAAGAGGCUAGUCCCAUAGUGCGCUAUAAUGACUGGCCCUGUCUGUCGCAUACUCCCUAUCAGUCAUUUCACGUAAUUUGGGCAACGGGUGGGGUACCUUGUAAGUUCAUAUCUCCAUUCGGGAUAGUCUACUACUCCCUACUAUCGCAAAUCGGUUCCACAACAGAAUAUUAUUACUUAAAACCAUCGGCUUCUCAUUUGUCAACUACCAAAAAAUCCCUUCAAUUACUGUCUUCGUAUUUCUAAUGAAUCAAUUACCUGCCAUAACGUUCUGUCAACUCUUAGAUAUUGGAAGUUUAGCUUUGGUGUUUAUAAAUAUCCAAAGAGAUUGCAAACAGAAUUUAAACAAUUGCCGAAAAUCGAGACUGGCCUUUUCGACGGGCCCAUUUUAUGUUGAACAGCCGAGACUGACUCCACAAUCAGACCUUACCACAAUGGUAAUAAGGUUGUGUACCCAAUGCAAUGUACUCGUUCGUUACUAUUUAAAGAAUAUGAAAUUACUGAAAUGAUAAGUAUUCACGCAUGCCCUAGUAAAAUGGUAUUUGGUUUUGUCAUGCUGCAGGUUUGUUCGUAUUUCAAGCUUUAUUGGAUUCGGAAGCGGUUCCUUUACAUUCUGUUUAAUAUUUUUUUGUACAUAUCGUUAUCUAUGUCAACAUAGAUUUACUAUCAUAGAUUAUAUGCAUGUCUGCAGUAUUAUCUACUUAGUUAUUUAUUAGAAUAAUAAUUUAACCUGUAUAUUAUUAUUAUAGAUAUAUUGUUUUCAUACAAAUAAUAUGAAUUUUAUAAAAUGCUGCUUAAAUUGCUUUUUUUGGGAUUAAUUGUGAUAUGGUAUCGAUUUUAUAGAUAAACUGGUCAGUGAUCGGUGUAACUUUUACUGCUUUCUUAAAAUUAUUUAAUAUUAUUUAUUUGAAAACUAAUAAAAAAAACUAUUAUUAUUUUAUUGUGAACGUUCACUGUCCUCAUUUAGAAAUGAGUAAGAUUUCCGCUUAGGAAAUGCUAUUUGUAACAGUGCUUUUCAAAUGAGAAUUAUUCUUCCUGAUUAUUUCUCGUUUUAUUAUUUGAAAGGUACAUACGACAUAGUUUAUGUAAAGGAACUUUUAUUUAUUUAUUUUACAGACGUAUUCUUUUUACCAAGCUAUAAAGGAACGUAGUUUAGCUAAAAAGCUUUUCAACCCGCAGUCAUAUCAAAAAUGACAUGACUGGGCUCUUGUCAGGUUCUACACACUAA